GUGUGUUGUCGAAGGCUUUCAUGACCGGAAUCACUGGGUUGCUGUGAGUUUUCCAGGCUGUAUGGCCAUGUUCCUGAAGCAUUUUCUCCAGACGUUUCGCCCACAUCUCUGGCAGGCAUCCUCAGAGGUUGUGAGAUCUGUUGGAAACUAAGCAAGUGGUUGAAGGUCCAGGGUGGGAGAAAGAACUGUUGUCUAUUGGAGGUGUUGGUUCCUUUAAUUGUAACUCCAGUGAGUGUGUUUUUGGAAGAUUAUAAUUCAGAGCUAUGGACAGAAAGAAAGAUUCAGACAAACAGCUGGAGCCUCCUGCUGCGUUCGGAGUCCCACGAUCCACUGAGCCCAGAGGGUUGAUCCCACCUUCUCAUUUCCAAAGCCGGUCAGCCCCUCCUUUGCCAGGACCUGUGGGGCUGCCUUGGGGUGCCACCUCACUCUCUAACUGGGAGGCAGCUGAACUCAAGCAGGAAAACCAGCGACUGAAGGAUGAGCUCCAGAGAUGGAGGAAGAAGGGAGAGAAACUGGAAGAAGCUGGAAACAGAAAGAGGUCUCUGGACAGAGAAGCGGAGCCUCUCAGUGCCUGUCACACCAUGGCCAUGUCCCAACAGGCUGAGAUCAUCUCUCACCAGCUCCAUGAGAUCCAGAGGCUUGAAGCUGAGCUUGCUAGCCUCCGAGUUGCCUCAGUUCAGCAGGAGGCAGUGGCAGUCGCUCGGGAAAACACCCUUGUCAACCUACAGGGAGAGCUGGCAGAGCUCAAAAGCCAAAGCCAAGCAGAGGCCACUGCCUUGAAAACAGAACUGGAGGAGGUCAAGAAAGGAAGCAGACUGGAGACUGAGGCUCUGAGGGAGGAGCUUGAAGAACUUAGGAGGCGAAGUCGGUUGGAGGCAGACUCCCUGAGACAAGAGCUUGAGUUGGCCAAAGAACGGCAUGCCCUUGAGCUUGGACUGGCACAGGGGGAGUUGCAAGGGGCACUCGAAAAGGCAGAAGCUGAGCGGAAGCGGUAUGAAGAGAGGGCACAGGAGGGCCUUCAGACACUGCACAAGGAGCACCAGACAGAAUUAUUGAGGCUAUCUGAAGUCUAUGGAGCUGAAGUUGCCUCUCUGAAGAAUCAGGUGUGUGUCCUGCAACAGGAUCUAGAAACUCACCAUAAGGAGACAGUCCAGUUGAGGGAGAAGAAGGAUGAUCUCCAGAACCAGCUCAGCAUGGCAAAGGCAGAACUGGCCUCCCAGAAUGCUUUGAUGCUGCAGUUGAAGACCUAUGUUGGGGAGCAGGAGUCGAGACAGCCUACUUCUGAGCUGGAGCACCUGAGAAACAGAGUACAGCAACUGGAAGAUGAAAAAGAGGCACUGAAAAUUACAGCUGAACUUCUGCAGGUUCGCCUGGCUUCCCUCACUGAUAUCCUGACACUACAGGAGACUGAGCUCAGCAAAAAGGUGCAGCUCCAAGACCCUCUUCAGUCUGACUCAUCCCAGAAGCUCCAGGGGUUGCUGACUUGUUGGCGGGAGAAAGUCUUUUCCCUCCUCGUGCAGCUUAAAUCUCAAGAACUUAGUCACAGAAAUGCCAUUAAACAGCUAGACUGGAAGGUAAAAGAUUUAGAAGAAGAAGUGGAGUCCAGGGAACAGAAGGUGGCACUCUUGAGCCAUAGUCUGGAAGACAAGACAGCUGAGGCAAACAUGGAACAAGUGAGAAAUAAGACUCUCCAAGCAGAAGCAUUGCGCUCAAAGGAACUAGCACAGAAACUUCAAAUAAGAGCAGAGGCUGCUGAAAAUGCCCUUAAGGGACUGGGAGACUUAGCCAGCAGAGUGAACCAGCAUCUACUGGGACAGGAGGAGACAUGGAAGGCGACCUUGUCCCGUCUGGCAGGACUGGGAAAUAGAGUUGCUUUUGCAGCAAAGAGAGUUGACACCAUCCAGGGAUUGGUUUGUCAGAAAAUAGCACUGGCCAAACUUCAGCAAGAGGACAAAGUUUCUAUCAUGAAAUUGACUGAGAAGAUCCAGCCAUCUUAUGAAGACCUGCAAGCAGAAUUACAGAUGCUCCAUGAAGAACGAGACCAGCUUUCAAUGGAGCUGAAACGUGGAGCUCAACUAAUAGAAAGGAAGGUGGCUGAAGCAAGAGAAAAAGUGGAGUCUGACCUCCAGGACUUGAGGGAGAAAUCGCAGAGCUUGCAAGAAGCAUUGGAGGCAAAAGCAAUGAUGGAACAGGCCUUGAGACAACAACAGGAAGACACAGAGAGACAGUUGGAGAAAGUGUGCCAGGACCUGCAAAAGAGUGAGGAAUCUGAAGAAGGUUUGAGGCAUGAGCUGGGACAAAUGAGAGCGGAAUAUGAGAAAGCCCUGCAGGAGAAAGUGACUGAAGUAGAAAUGCAACUGCGCAAGGAUCUGUCAGAAAUGGAAAAAUGUCUCAAUGAAGCACGAAGGGAGCAUACCCAGGCAGUGGUUGCCCUCCGCCAGACAGAGCGACAGGCAGCAAGAGACAAAGCACGUAGUGAGGAGUUGGCCAAGCUGCAAGAAUCUGCCACACAACAGGAGGUUGCACGGCUUGAAAAGCGCAUGCAAGAGCUCGAGAGGGACAAGAACCUGCUGAUGGUGACCUUGAAGGAGGAAGGGCUGUUGGCUCAGCAUAAACAGAAUCGACGGCUGGCAAUUCGGGGCCCAGAAGAAUCAACUGGGAAGACAGGGCAUAAGCCUCCAUCUAAAGAGUCUCUUUUUGCUGUGCUGGAUGAUCUGCAGGCUCUGGGCGCCGCUAUCUUAAAUGAAGAGGAGGCAGACAGAGACAGCAACACCAGUGCUGAAACAUAAGAGUUGUUUUUGAAGGAAAUUAUGUACUUGGGAGUGCCUUGAAUUUGAGAACAGAAAUCAGUAAAUAUUAUUUGUAAAUAAAAAGGGUUUAAAUAGUUACCGUGGA